AUGGAAUCUAAGAUCUUUGAUAUAGUGAUUGGUGUGCUACUUGGAAAUGAAGAUAACGGUAAAUUACAAGUUUUCAAUUCAUUUGAAUUUGUCAUUAUUGAUAAUUCACCAGAUUUAACAUCUUUACAAACAAGACUUGAACAACAAUCUGUUAUUUUACCAAAUGAAUACAUAAUUGGAGUUUAUCAAAUUACACAAAAUAAGGAUUUGAAACCAGAUGAUAAUAUAAUACUUUUACAUUCAUUACUUGAAGGUUAUAAUAAUAAUUUAAUUACAUUAAUUUUCAAUCCUAAUUUUGCAGCUAAAAAGCAUACAAAUGAAAAAUUCAUCAAAAUUUUCGAUAAUAAACAAAAUGAAUUAAAAUUUGAUGUUGAUAACAAGGAAGCUGAAAAAAUUGCAGUUGAUACAGUAUUAGAAAUUAAGGAAAAUGAUUCAAAUGAUGAAUCACAAAAAGCAAAUGAUCAAUUGAUUUCACAAUCUUUCUUAUUAAAGACAAUCAAGAAUAAAAUUAGAUUAAUUAUUGCCUUUUUACAACAAGCUGAUCCGGAGAAAACACCAAAUUAUUAUGACAUCUUGAGAAAUGUCAAUUCAUUCAUUUCUAAAAUUCAGUAUAAACAAGAUGAAGAUAUUAAAACAAAACUUGUUGAUUUGGAAACUGAAUAUAAUACUCUGAUAUCAAUAGGUACAAUAACUGAAAACAUCAAGAAUUUGGAAUCUAUUAGUCUAGAUUUGAAAAAAUAUGAUUCUGCCUAA